AUAUGUAUAUAGUACGUAUCCACACAUUGGAACAAAUCAUCGAUCAGAACAUUAACAUCAAAAACCAGACACUUGUAUAAAAUCUUUUGUCAUCUCCUGUCGAAACAUAAUGGCAAUCCCUUCACUACUCUCAGCAAUCUCAAGAAGGUUAGAAGGUAAGGUAGCUUUGAUCACGGGAGGAGCCAGUGGCCUUGGUAAGAAAACUGCCGAAGUCUUUGCCCACCAUGGAGCCAAAGUAGUCAUAGCCGAUGUCCAAGACGAGUUAGGCCAUUCAGUUCGCCAAUCAAUUGCAGCCAACACAGCCCAAAACAACAUCACUUACGUCCAUUGCGACGUAUCCGAUGAAUCUCAAGUCAAAGCAGCAGUUGAAAAAUCCAUUAAGUCCUACGGAAAAUUAGACAUAAUGUUCAACAACGCUGGCAUGUCUACUACUCUCCAGCCUAGGAUCAUCGAUAACAACAUCGAUGAUUUUGAGCGCGUGAUGCGCGUCAAUGUCACCGGUGUCUUUCUUGGCAUUAAGCACGCUGCUCAUGCCAUGAUCACCGCUAAAAGUGGCGGUAGCAUCAUAUCGACUGCUAGUGCUGCCUCGUGCAUAGGCGGCAUAGGCACGCACGCCUACACUACCUCCAAGCACGCGGUAGUUGGGCUGACAAAGAGCGCUGCUUCCGAAUUGGGACAGUUUGGAAUAAGGGUGAAUUGUGUGUCGCCAUUUGGGGUUGCGACACCCUUGGUUGUGGACACUAUUGGUGUUAGUGAAGAGGAGGUUGAGGGUAUGUUUAACUCGGUUGGGAACCUAAAUCAUGCAACGCUUAAGGCAGAGGAUAUUGCUAAUGCAGCCUUGUUUUUGGCGAGUGAGGAAGGACGGUACGUGAGUGGGCUUAACCUCGUUGUUGAUGGAGGUUUCACUGUUGUUAAUCGUUCUCUCCCAUUGUUUAAGUAUCCUGCUGAUAACUAAUUAGGCUUGACUAUUAGUACCUAAUUGUUAUGAUUAAGCAAAAUAAAACAGAGGAACUCAAUUUUAAUUUGUUGUUCUUUUUCCCACCUCUCUUUUUUUUUUUCUUCAAAUUAAUGCAUGUUUAUGUUGAAGUGUAUUUAUCAAAGGAUAAUCUUUUAUCAAUAAAGGUGUUAUAAUUUUUUUUUUUUUGAAAA